AUGAAGUUCGAUGAAUUCUUAUUCACUCACCUUGGCGAGAUGGGCAAAUACCAGCGAGUGCAAUUCUUACUAGUAUGCCUUCCAACUAUCAUUGUAUCAAUGCAUGCCCUUAGUUGGUCACUGGCCUCAGUACCUGUUCCAUUUCGUUGUGCCUUACCGACAGAAACGAAGGAGUCAAAAUAUCUGACCGACGAUCCCCAGUUUAAUAUUAAAGAAUGCCGAGAUUGGAACGAGAACCCUGUCUCGAUAAACGAGUCGGGACGCCACGGUGUUCAUGUAUGUGAAUUCCUAUUUUAUUUGUAA